CUUGCCUACUUCCGCCCUUCUCGCGGUGGCAGACGGGAUAGGUAGUUCUAAGAGAGCCAGAAGUCGAUGCUUUCUGGCGGAUCAAAACUACAUUCCCAGGAGGAAAUGCGCGAAGUAGGAAAGGUCGAGGUUAGAAAGGGCUGGAACCUCGUGCUCUCUUACCUCGAGCCUGUUGACCAUUGGAGCAGCUGGGGAAGGCGGGGAAUUACGCAAAAAUCCAACUGACCAAUGGGAAGCGUGAAAGGGACAAGAUGAUGAUAGCGGCGUGGUCACCUUGGAUACCGAGGACGCGACUUCUUGUUUGGAAAGGGUGGAGCUUUGGAGCGAGACCGAGAUCAAAACCCAAAGAGAAAAAUAAGAGCCUAAGGAAGGAUCGGGACCAAGGGAAAGGAAUUGUAAGAAAUGGAAGAUAGCUCCACAGACACAGAAAAAGAAGAGGAAGAGGAGGAAGAUGGAAAGUAUAAAGAAGACAUCGGUUAUGCCAUAGUGCCCACGAUUAACAUUCAAGACGAGCGGUUUGUCGAUUUAUCAGCAACUCCAGCUUUCCUUUGUCUGAAUGAGUUACACGCUAUGGGAAAACUUCCUGGAACCAGAAUGGCAGAGUUAAAAGCCAAGUACACACUGCUGCAUGACACGGUGAUGAGCACCCAGGAGUCCGAGGUCCAGCUGCUGCAGAACGCCAAGCACUUUACAGAGCAGAUACAGCAGCAGCAGCUCCACCUGCAGCGAGCGGAUGGCUUCCCUGAGGCCCUGUCCACUGAGGUCUCCAAAAUGCGGGAGCAGCUACUCAAGUACCAAAAUGAAUAUAACGCAGCGAAGGAAAGAGAGUUCCACAACCAGUACCGAUUAAGCAGCUUAAUGGAAGAAAAGAGCCUCAUAUUAAAGGAAUUUGAGAAGAUACCUAAGCCAGGAGAAACGGAGAAGAAGAUGAAAGUUCUGAGAGAAAGCACUGAAGAAUUGCGAAAGGAAAUAAUACAGAAGAAACUAGAAAUUAAAAACUUACGGGAAGAUUUGGCAUCUAAGCAAAAGCAAUUAAUCAAGGAGCAGAAGGAACUGGAGGACGUGCUGGAACAUCAGGUCGUCCUGAAGGAUGAAGUGGUCCAGCACCAAACCAUUCCUAUACAGAUUGGAAAGGAGAUAGAAAAAAUAACACGCAGAAAAGUAGAAAUGGAAAGGAAAAAAAUUGUCCUGGAAUAUGAAGUCAGAGAGCUAAACAACUCCCUAAAGAAAGUCGAAAGUAAAGUUAGCGCUCUAGUGGAAGAGAAGGAGGAUGUGAUGAAGGAGGUUGAGGGCAAACGAGCCUUACGUGAAAUGAAAGAACGGGAGUAUAACCAACUGGUCAAGCUUCUGGAACUAACCCGAGAGAGCGAGGCAUCGUCACUCACCGAAAGAGGGGUCUUGGACCUCAGUUUACGAAACAGUCUCAUCGACAAGCAGAACUACCAUGAUGAACUCUCUCACAAGCAGAGAGAGAAGGAGCGAGACUUUCGAAAUUUAAAAAAGAUGGAGCUGCUCUUGAAAGUGUCGUGGGAUGCGCUCUCACAGACUCAAGCUCUUCACCAGAGGCUUCUGUUAGAGAUGGACGCAAUCCCUAAAGAUAACUCUGUGUUAUCUGAAAGAAGGAGAGAGCUCCACAAAGAAGUUGAAGUCGCUAAGAGGAAUUUGGCCCAGCAGAAAGUUCUAUCAGAAACUGAGUCGAAGUUACUAGAACAACAACUUGCAGAAGAAAACAGGCUUAUAAAGGAACAAGAAAGCUUUCGGAAUUUGGUAUUCAACCUUAUCCGUGUGAUAAAAGUCAAAACUGAUGAAAAGGAGCAAAAGUCCAAGGAUUUCUUGAGAGCUAAGCAAAAAUAUAACAACCUUGUAAAGGAAAUCAAAGCAAAGGAUCUUGAAAUCAGGGUACACAAGAAGAAAAGACGUGAUAUUCAUCGGAGGCUCAACGAAUUUGCUAAACUGUAUGAUGCAAUUCGAAAUGAACGAAACAAGUUUGUUAACCUACUCCACAAAGCUCAUCAGAAAGUAAAUGAAAUAAGAGAAAGGCAUAAGAUGUCUCUAAAUGAACUGGAAAUUUUAAGAAGUAGUGCAGUUACUCAAGAAAGAAAGCUACAAAAUAGCUUGCUGAAACAGGCCAACAACAUCACCAUCAGAGAGAGCAUGAGAAACGACGUGUGCAAAAUUGUGUCCAAAGUUCAGGAAAUGAAAGAGAAGAAGGAAGCGCAGUUAAGUAACCUGGACAGACUGGCGCACAUGAUCACUGUGAUAGAGGAGGAGAUGGUGCAGCUUCGCAAAAAGUACGAGAAAGCUGUCCAGCGGCGAAACGAAUGUGGCGUUCAGCUGAUAGAGCGGGAAGAGGAAGUGUCCAUAUUUUAUGAAAAAAUAGACAUCCAAGAAAAACUGAAACUAAAUGGGGAAAUCGAAAUCCACAUUCUGGAAGAAAAGAUCCGGUUCCUGAAGUUGAAGAUUGCGGAGAAGCAAAGACAGAUUCACGUGUCGCAGAAAUUACUGCCGUCCAAGAGGGCCCUGGACGCGGAGCUCGCCGUGCUCCAGAUUCAGUUUUCACAGUGUACAGACAGAAUAAAAGACCUGGAGAAAAAAUUUGUAAACCCUGUGGGUAAGAACAGAACUCGCCUCCUUCCAGGGAAAGAUCUGACCCAAGAAGAAAUGAUCAAAAAAUUAGAUGAGCUGGAACUGCAGCUGGCCAAGAAGGAGGAGAAGUUACUGGAGAAGGAUUUCAUCUAUGAACAGGUGUGCCGGCUCACAGACAGGCUAUACAGCAAAACUGAGGCCUGCAAGCUGGACACACUGCACUUGGCCAAAAAGAUGAACGGCUACCAAAGAAGGAUCAAAAAUGCUACAGAAAAGAUGAUGGCCCUCAUUGCUGAGCUGUCCAUGAAACAAGCCUUGACCAUUGAACUCCAGAAAGAAUCCAGGGAGAAGGAAGAAUUCAUUUUCUCUUGCAAUUCCAGGAUAGAAAAGGGUCUGCCACUCAAUAAAGAGAUUGAGACAAAAUGGCUGAAGGCACUUCGAGAUGAAGAGAUGUACACCACGGCGGUGGCUGAGAAGUCCCGGGAGUUCUUAGAAGCCGAGAACCACCAGCUGCCCAACGGCAUCUACACAACUGCGGAGCAGCGCCCGAAUGCCUACAUCCCCCAAGCAGACGCUACUCUGCCUUUGCCGAAACCGUACGGUGCUCUGGCUCCAUUUAAGCCCAGCGAACCUGGAGCCAACAUGAGGCACAUAAGGAAACCUGUUAUAAAGCCGAUUGAGAUCUGAGUGUAUGAAUCAGUCCAGGCUCCCGAGAGAGAGGAUCCAACCGGGCUUCUUCAUACCUAUACCUGGGGAAAGGGAGUGCGACGCUUCUAACACUGCAGAUAAGAGAGGGAGUUGUCCACAGAGUGCAGCAGUUUGCUGUGAUAACCACCAGCUACUACCUUUGACAUUGCAUUCAGUAGGACAUAGAAUCGUCCUGCACUUAUGUGAAAGCGUUCAUCAGAAUUGCUCCUGUAAUUCCUUUCCACUCUACUGACAAUUAGAAAUAUGUAGUGUGCAAAGUGCUGUCAAAGUGCAAAAUAAAUGUUCC